AUGGGUUGCUGCCAGUCGAGGAUAGAGAGGGAAGAAACGGUGUCGCGUUGCAAAUCCAGGAAGCGUUACAUGAAGCAGUUCGUGCAAGCCAGACAUGCUUUUUCUGCGGCACAUGCUAUGUACAUUCGUUCGCUUCGUGCCACUGGUUCAGCACUCUUUCAGUUCGCAAAUGCUGAAACCACGGUUCUCCACCACCUCAACCAUCACCAUCACCACCUUCCGCCGCGCCCUCAGCCCAUUCUCCCGCCGCCGCCUCCGCGAACUCCCACCCCGAUGCCGCCGCCACCUCCUCCGCCGCCGAUGAGUCUGAGCUCUUACACUUGGACUUCGGACUCUACCUCCUCCCCGGCUCUUCCCCCGCCGCCUCCACCGCCUCCCCCGGUGCCUUCCUCCGCCUGGGACUUCUGGGACCCGUUUAUGCCGGCUGCGCCGGCGAUGGCUUCCCGGUCGGUGACGGAGGAGGAGUGGGAGGCUACAACAACCACCGGAUCAGAAGUGGUAGUGAUGGCGGCGGCGAGUGUGACGGCUCCACCGUCAGUGGUGAGCGGGUUUUCCAAGGAGACACCUAGUGAGCUUGCAAUGGUUGUUUCAAGGAAUAGUACCAAGGAUCUUGUUGAAGUUAUCAAAGAGCUCGAUGAUUAUUUUCUCAAAGCUGCUGAUGCUGGUUCUCAUGUUUCUUUGAUCCUUGAAGUUUCAAACUCUGGAUUUUCUGAUAACAGUAAAGCGUGUAAAGUGCACAGCUAUGGGUGGAAUUUGAGUCCGUCCUUGUGGACUUGGGGUUCGAGUCCGAAGCUGAAUGGGUUUGGAAAACUGACUGAGGGAACUCCCGUUUCUGUUGGUACUUUUGGGGCUAAUGGAGGUGGAAGUGUUGGGCACGGGUCCACUGUGGAGAGGCUAUACGCAUGGGAGAAGAAGUUGUAUCAAGAGGUCAAGAAUGCUAAGACUAUAAAGAUGGAGCAUGAGAAGAAGCUGGCACUGCUAAGGAAGGUGGAGAUGAAGAGAGCUGACUAUGUGAAGGCAGAGAAGACAAAGAAAGAAGUGGAGAAGUUAGAAUCACAAAUGAUGGUGGCUUCUCAAGCCAUUGAUAGUACAUCUGCUGAAAUAAUCAAACUGAGGGAGGUGGAGCUGUACCCUCAACUCAUUGAGCUUGUCAAAGGAUUAAUGUGCAUGUGGAGAAGCAUGUACGAGUGUCAUCAAGUUCAAAAGCACAUAGUUCAGCAGCUAGAGUACCUCAACACCGUACCAUCAAACAACCCCACUUCUGAGAUUCACAGGCAAUCAACUCUUCAGCUGGAGCUUGAAGUACAGCAAUGGCACCAAUCUUUCUGCAAUCUCUUCAAGGCUCACCGCGAUUACAUCCAAUCCCUCACAGGUUGGCUAAGGCUCACCCUUUUCCAGUUCAGCAAAAACCCUCUAAGCAGAACCCCGGAGGAGUCAAAGAUAUACUCCCUCUGUGAAGAAUGGCACCUUGCUGUUGAUCGCAUCCCAGACAAUGUAGCAUCCGAAGGAAUAAAAAGCUUGUUAACGGUUAUUCAUGCCAUAGUAGAGCAACAGGCAGAGGAGUAUAAACAAAAGAAGAAGUCAGAUUGUGCGUUCAAAGAGCUUGAGAAGAAGGUGGUUCAGCUUCGGUCUUUGGAGUGCAAGUAUGGUCCAUACUCCAUGCCAGAAUCCUCUGGUUCCAUGCGAAACAAGGACUCGGUGAGCGAGAAGCGUGCCAAGGUGGAAGCUUUGAGAGCAAAGGCAGAAGAAGAGAAGAACAAAUACGAGAAGGCAGUGAGUGUAACUAGGGCAAUGACGCUGAACAACUUGCAAAUGGGUUGCCCGCAUGUGUUUCAAGGGAUUGUGGGGUUUUCAAGUGUGUGCAUGGAGGUUUUUGAGUCUGUAUACAACAAAGCCAAAGUUGCUGAACAGGAGCAUGACGUGAAGAGAAUAUUGCCGUAGGAGAAUUCUAGUUCAUAUGUCGUGUACAGAUGAAUGUGAUUAUCACCCUUGCCCGUAUCAUCACAUUGCGUUUACACCAGCUGAUAUCAUGAAUCAUCAUACCUCAUACUUUGGUGUAGAUUCCUCUUUCCGCAAGCAUUUAUUACGAAGGGUUUUACUUGGUUUCAUUGUGUACUGUUAAUAUGAUAAUAUAUAGUCCAGAAAAAUUGAUGAUUUGAACACUC